UUUAAUUUUUUGAAAACGGUCUUCACCAAGUGGCGUGUCAUUGCAACAAGCGGCGCGUCAUUUAUGCAGCGGUUCUCUACCAUGAUGCAUAAUCUUCUGAUGUGAUGAGUUAAAACAACAAUGGGUUAACCAAAAAAUGGGUGACUCAGACUCCGAAUCGGAUGCGGAGUACGCAGGAAUAGAGCAGCCCCCGAUAAUUCACCAGCUGAAGAGGAUCCUCGAUGAGUACAGGAAUGAUGUACAGAUCAUCAAGGAGCUCGUGCAGAAUGCAGACGAUGCAGGUGCUUCAGAGCUGAAGGUUUUGUACGAGGGGGACACAUUCAACCAUGAGGAUGGAGGCAAGAAAGCAAGAUACAGGAAGUUCUUCCAGGCCCCUGCUCUGGUGUUCUACAACAAUGCCAAGUUCACAGAAGUGGACUGGAAAGGCAUUCGCCAGAUUUACAGCAGCAACAAGGCGGAUGAUCCGAUGAAAAUUGGCAAGUUUGGCUUGGGCUUCAAGUCUGUAUUUCAUCUAACAGACAAUCCGUGUAUCCUGAGCGGUGACAAGGUCAUGUUUAUAGACCCUCAUCAGAGCAACCCCGGCAAGGUUUGUGUCAGUGUCAAGGUUUGCAAGUUGAGAGGAUGGAAACGUCUCGAUAUUAACGAGUGCUUGCAUGCGUUAAAUAGCAGAUUUGGGUUUAGUGACAAUACUCUUGAUAGUGGACAGUUUGAAGGGACAUUAUUUUGGUUUCCUCUUAGACAGUGUGCCUCAAAACUGUCUGAAAACAUAUGCAAUGAUGAGCAGGUUACAAUGCUUUUACGUGCAUUCAUGGAUGAAGCAAAGCGCAGUUUGCUUUUUCUGAAAACCAUCUGUAGUGUGGAAAUGUUUGUACACAAAUCCCAACCUGAAGGCGAAAUUGUGUAUUCUAGAACAAAUGAAUUUCUCUCUGUCAUUGCACGAGGUUAUGAGAACCCGUUCUUUUUUGUGAAAAUUGAAAAUAAUGAUGGAACUCUCGUUGAAAAGAAAAAGGAGAUAUUACAAGAACUGGAAUCAGUGGGAAGAACAAUACCUGAUCAAACCAAAAUGUGGAUUCAUAAUGUUUUUGUCAAAGUAAUGACAUUUGAACAUUGCCAAGAAGAAAAUACUGUUAAGAAUUGGAUUGUUGUCAUUCAUUUGAAAGGUGAACCUUUAUCAACCCGUUUCAAAGAACUUUUGUCAGACGAUGAUAUCUGCAAUCCUCACUUGGUUGGCCUUGCAGCACCAAUUUUAGAAACUAACUGUUACGCGCAUGACAGUGGGCAUGUGUUUGUUUAUCAGCCACUUCCUCAGGAGACAUCUGCAGUGACUGGACUACCUGUUCACGUGAAUGCAUUUUUUGUUCUCAGCCAAAAUCGAAGACACAUACGAUGGCCAGAUAAUAAUGAGAAACAAGCUACUGACAAAAAAAUUGAAUGGAACAUGCGACUUAUAACAGAAAUUCUUCCCGAUGCAUACGUUGCUCUUGUGACUGAACUUGCAAAAUACUCUCAAAGACAUGAGAACAAUGACAUCUAUGUUAAGUCUGUUUACAACGCCAUUCCUAGCUGCCAAAAAGUGAAUGAACGAUGGAUGAGUCUAGCCCAGGCUGUUCUAGACAACAUUCAGACCAAACCUGUUUUGCUGUCAAAAUCAAAGAAGUGGACUUGUCCUUCUUCUGCAGUCUUUAUUGACAGGGCAUUGAAUGGCUCUUCCAAUAGAGUUUGGGAGCAUGUUGCAGAAGUUUUUAUUGAAGAAGGCACAAUGCUUGUUGAAGCAGAACCACACAUUGUCAGCUCUUUGGAAAAAGUUAGAUCAGAUCAUUUGACAUAUGUUGACGCGGCUCUUCUACAAAACUUGCUUGCAGCAUAUGAAGCUUACAAGACUAAAAACGUUCAAGUGAAAAUUGAUUUGCUUUUGUUUUUGAUGAAAGAAGAUAUCAAACUAAUUGAAGGAUUACAACUGCUGCCCCUUGCAGAUGGUACAUUUACCGAAUUUGACGAUAACGCUCAAAGUGUAUUCUAUGAAGACCAUAGUAUAGUGCACUCAUUUCCAGAGUUUAAGUACAGAUUUGUUGCACUUUGCCAUAAGGAAUUGGACCCGGUUUUUGAAGGAGUUAUUGCGUCUGAUCUCUAUCAGAUAAAGAAGCUUUCUAAGGAAGAAACAUUUGAUCUUAUCCAGUGUUCAUUGAAGAAACACACCACUGAGCAUUCUCCUCAAGAAAACACACAGUUAUGGAUAACAGACAUUUGGCAAAAUGUUUUGACAAAAUGGGAAAAUGAUUUAGAAUUCUUUUCUGAAAUACCAAUUCUUCCAGCCAACAUUUUUGUCAAAGGGUUUCAUCGCCAACUGGUUUGUCUGAAUGACCUGCUGUUAUUUGAACCUGCGCCAUCUUCUUCUGAUUUGAAUGACAUUAUGACCAUGUUAGGAGUAAAAAUAGUGCAAAAUGAAACCCAUGGAAUCCUUGCUAAAGAGGUGGUAAAAACAUUUAUACACCAAGGAAAUGAUGCAGGCUUUACAAAGACCAUAGAACUAAUAACGGAUGCCAAUAUAAAUGCCUUUAACACUAACUCCACCAGUGCUCAGAAGGAAUUGUUGCUUGAUUUUCUGUCAUCAUUCAACAUUUCAAACUUUUCUGCCGCAUGCAAGAACAAUUUGCAAAAACUAUUUAUGUUCAAGGUGGUUAGACGCGUAAAUGAUUGUGUAGACAAAUAUUCCUCCUUAGUUUCUGGAUAUGAUAUAUACGACAUAAGUGAAUUUCCUGUUGACUUUCCAAAUGAAGUGAUUGUUGUACAUUCUCAGGGACAUAAAGCAUUCAUUGAGGCAUUAGGAUUUCCAUUAUUUCAAGAGCAAAGACUAAUACUCAAGAGCAUGGAAAACAUUUCACAAUACUCAGAGUCAGAUACACAAACUUUAAUGUUUUGGUGUUUCAAAUAUCAUUGUCAGUUGGUAAUUUCAGAUAUAAAGAUAAAUUCUACUGCAAGAGAAAUACCAUUUUUAAAAACUAAUGAUGGUCUGGCUAAACGGGCCAGCGAUGUCUUUGAUCCUGAAGAUGUCAUUUUAAAAAGCAUAUUUGAGGAUGAACCAGUGUUUCCAGUUCUUGAUGAAUAUGCGCUCAAAACUGCGAUGCAAGCCUUGCAUAGUCUUGGCUUAAAAAGUGUUAAAAACACAACAAGCGAGGAUAUAGCACGCACUCUGAAGAAAUUGUGUGAAAAGAGCUUUUCAACUGCGGUUUCACAAAGAAAGGCGGCAUUUUUAAUGAAAUAUUUGAAUGAAAAUAAGCAUUUAUUACUAGAAAUGUUUGCUGAUAUGGAAUGGAUAUUGAUAGACACUGUUGAUGAGUUGUAUCCCUGUUCUAUUCCAAUGAAAAACAGGGAUGAUAGGAUGUCUCUAGUGAAGCCUUCAGUGGUGAAGUCACUUAAGUUUUCUGACGUGAUUGGAUCAGUUUGCUAUCUUCAUAAUUGUUCAAACUUUGAGAAUCUGGCAAGAUUUUUUUCCUGGAAUGAAAAGCCGCAAAUAGAAGAAGUCAUCAAACAUUUGAUGAUAUUAAUAAGCAAAUACACUGUUGAACAAAAGGCUACAUGCUUCAAAAUGGUCAUAGAAAUAUACAGUUUUCUUAAUGAAUAUUCUAAAGUUGGAGGCGAACACAUGAAAACCUUGAAGAAUCUAUGGCGUAGUAAAUUCAAAGAAGAAGAGUGUUGCAUAUGGAAUGGACAUGGAUUUUCACCAUUGGCUGGCGUCUACAUACAUCAGUCUGGAUCUGAUGUUCAUUUGCCUCGAUAUGUAAAACCUCUUCCAGAAGAACUUCAAGGAAUGAAAAGUCUGUUUUUGGAACUAGGUUGUUUGCCAAGAAUGGAUCUCCAUACAUAUCUGUUAAUUCUAGACAAAAUAAAAAGGGAUGCUGAAAGAGAAACCGACAAAGUGUUAGAAGGACUUCACGAUUCGAUAUCCAUUUUAAACAAACUUAAAGAUGAUUUUGGAAAUGACCUGCAAAAUACUACUGUGCGACAGAAAAUUUACUGUCCUGUUCAAACUGAAGACAAUAAAUUGGAAUUGCGAAACGUAGAAACGUGUGUUAUCCUGGAUGCAAAUGAUUUACCAGGAUUCAGUCCAUGUGAUGACGAACUUGAAUUCUAUUUUAUUCAUCCCGAUGUACCAAAAUCAACUGUGGAUGCACUGAAUGUAAAGUCAGCAAGGCAGUUGAUGCUAUCAGAUGCUGAUGCCUUUGAGGAAUGGGGUCAAGCAGAGCCACUGACUCGAAGAAUCCAUGUGUUGCUAGAAGAAGGUUACGUUGAUGGUUUUUCCAUAGCAAAAGAACUCUUACAAAAUGCUGAUGAUGCGGGCGCAACGAAACUAUGCAUUCUUUAUGAUGAACGGCAAAACCUUGAAUACCGAAAAAACCUUAUUAGCCCAGGUCUUGCAGACUUUCAAGGUCCUUCUGUAUGGGUAUACAAUGACGCUGAAUUCACAGAAAACGACUUUCAAAACAUAACCAAGUUGAAUGGAGCCACAAAACAAAGUGAUGCAACAAAAAUUGGGAAGUUUGGAUUAGGAUUUUGUGCAGUGUAUAACUUAACCGAUGUGCCAUCUUUUGUUUCCAGGGACAGCUUUUUAAUAUUUGAUCCUCAUACCAGUUUCUUGGGAACCUCAGCUGGUGAGAAAUGUCCCGGCUUGAGAAUUAAUUUCCAAAAGAAACAAAAUUUAAUGAUUCGGAAACGUAUGAGUCAUCAAUUUGAAGUUUUUAACAAUAUUUUCGGUUGUCAACUCACAAAUACAGAUCAUGUUUAUUACGAAGGUACAUUGUUUAGAUUACCACUUCGAAGAAGGGGAAGUGAGAUCAGUAAUAAAGUUUAUAAUCAUGAAGAUACUGUGGACCUGUUGACGAAGGUAGUCCAGAUGGCACCUGACAUGUUUCUGUUUAAUCAGUCUGUAACAAAGCUGGAAAUUUACCACAUUGAAUCCAGUUCCACUGACACUGUUCCGAAACGUGUGUUUCAGGUAGAAAAGAAGCCUUUUCUUUUGACCCCCAUAUCUGUCAGUUCAUCAAUUGUUUGUGCUGCUGUUGAAAAGAAAAAAUCAAGGUCUCUUGAAACCCAUCCCUUAAAGUGCUUACAAAAGGUUAUGAUUGACUCACAAACAACCAACUCACAACGUCUUAGUCUAGGAGAUAACAAAUUUCAAACUUCUUGGAUUGUGUCCUGGGCAACUGGUAAACAAAGCAAAACAUUACAGAUGACUGCUGCUUUAGACCGUGCGCUACCGCUUGGUGCUGUAGCAGUGCCAGAAGCAAAUGAGGAAAAUCAGUUUCAUGAUUAUGUCGAAUAUUGCUCAAUUUCUACAAAAUGUAAAGAUACUCAGGGCCAAUACUUCUAUUUUCUACCACUUCCAAUCCAGCACAGUUUUGAUUUUCAUAUCAAUGGUCAGUUCAGCGUUACUUCAGAUAGAAGGCAUUUCCUAGCUGCAACGCAGGAAGACACCAACACAUCUGUUUCAGAUUGGAAUGAUUGUCUUAUGUCUGAUGUAAUUGUUGAAGCAUUAAUUGCCUUACUUGAGAGUGAUCGAGCCAGAAUUUGCAGCCAAUUCAGUGCUUGGCCUCAAAUUGAAAACACAUCCAACGAGAAAGCAUUCCUGACAAGUUUUUACAACAACAUUAUUUCACAAAACCGGAGUGUGUUUCAUGUUGGCAAUGCACAAAUAUCAUAUUCUAACGCCUGUUUUAUUGAUCCCUGUCUGAGAAAAUCAGAACCAUUAGGGAGAUUGGUUUUUGAAGUGCUGUCAUGUGUUCUUUCCGUGGGAGAAAAUUGGACGUUGGUCGAUGUACCAGAACAAGUCUAUAUGCACAUAAAAAGGUGUGAAACAUCGAACAUACAUGCUCACACAAUAACACUUGAUGGUUUUGUAACUAACUAUUUUCUUCCAAAUAUAGAUAAAUUUGGUGCGACUGAGCAGUUGACUGUGGCUAGAGAUCAGCUUAUGAAAUGCAUUUUAACUAGCAGCCUUGCCAAUGACACAGUUGGAUCUAUUAAAAAGUACGCCUGCAUACCAACACAGCCUCAAGGGAUUCUAAGAAAGCCUGAUGAUUUAAUUGAUCCUUCAUCCAGAAUAGCAGGACUAUUUCAUGAUCAAGACCAAAGAUUUCCAACUGAAAACUUUUUGGAAUCAUUAGUGCACGAAAGACUGGACCAGUUAGGAAUGAUGAAAGAUAAUCUUCCAGAAUCUCUUAUUCUCGAACGAGCGAACAGUGUGAUGGUUUUAAAUCAAACGUGUCAUCUUUGUGCUCUUCGGCGAUGUUCUGCUUUUCUAGAAUAUCUUGAAUCCCAUGAAGAUAUGCGGUCUAUGCAGGACAUGUUUUGCAAACUCAAGAAAAUAAAAUUUAUACCAGUAAUGACCAAACCUGAAAAUUGGCAAUUUGCUUGGAAAGGCGACGAAAUCGCUUUUCAGAACAAAUGUUGUCCCAAACAUGAGUCUAUUGAGCACCAAGCUGCAUUUGUGGCACCCAGUGACAUAUAUUUGGCAAAAGACAUGCCUCUGCUUUGCUGCAGUUCAUUGAUUAUGUGUGAUGAACAAAUUGGUAAAAAAUUUGUUGAUGGAUUUUUUGAGCGUCUUGGUGUCAGGACAGCUUCAGACAAUGAACAAAGUGUUGUUUGUGUCAUUCAGCAGUUGUUUUCAUUAGAAAAUUGUACAAAAGAAGAACAUGUACGUCCACUUUACGAUUUUUUGAAUCAGGCAUGCCAUGACAGCCUUUUGAAGAACAUUGUCAAGAGUAAAUUACAAAACCAGAAAGUUGUUUUUGUGGAUCAUUGUUUUGUUUUUACGGUGCAUGUAGCUCAAAGUAGUGUUGUACAUUGCCCACCCUUUUUGUUUUCUUUGCAAAAUACUACACUAGGAGAAGAAAAGUAUUCCACUUUAUGUAAAACUUUGGAUUUUAAACCUGCUUUUGAUAUUGAUGAUCUGUUGUCAGUUUUAAAUGAACUUAAACAUGACAAACAAGAAUGUUCAUUAGAUGACAAUUGUCUUAACCAGGUGAUUCAUUUGUUAAAGUGUUUGAAUGACCUUAUGGAAGAAGCUCAUAAAAAAGAGAAACACAUAAAUCGUAUGAUUUAUGUACCUGACACUUUAAAAGUUCUGCGUCCUAGUAAAGAAUUGUGCUUCAAUGAAUUUGACACACUUGGAGAAGAUGACGAUAAUGUAAAUUUUAUUCACUCCGAAGUCCCGAUGAAACAUGCCAAACGUUUUGGAGUACGGUCCAUCAGGCAACAGAUGUUGUCAGAUGCGUAUGCAUUCGAGGAAUGGGGCCAAGAUGAACCGUUGACUCGUCGAUUAAAGGUGCUUUUAGAGGAAGGAUAUGUUGACGGUUUUGCUGUAGGCAAAGAACUGUUUCAAAAUGCAGACGAUGCUGGAGCAAGCAAAAUGUACAUGCUUUACGAUGAAAGGCAAAACGAGAUGUUACGUUCUAAUUUGAUUAGUGAAACACUAGCAGAAUGCCAAGGUCCUGCUCUAUGGGUGUACAAUGAUGCUAGGUUUUCAGAAGACGACUUAAUUGCUAUUACAAAAUUGAAUGGUGGAACAAAACAGUUUGAUACUACAAAGAUCGGCAAGUUUGGUCUUGGAUUUUGUUCCGUUUACAACCUUACUGAUGUCCCUAGUUUUAUUUCGGGGGAAAAUUUUGUCAUGUUUGAUCCUCAUACAACAUUCUUAGGAAAAGCUUUACCAGGAAAAAGCCCUGGUAUACGGUUAAAUUUUAGUAAAGAUAAAAAUCUAAAAGUAAUUGGACGAAUGAAACAUCAGUUUGAUGUUUUUGAAGGAGUGUUUGAUUGUCAAAUCACUCAAAAUAGUCAAUUUUUCAACGGAACUUUGUUUAGACUACCAUUAAGAACACGUGGUACCCAAAUCAGUGAUAAAGUGUACACAAAAGAAGAAAUGGUUGAUUUACUACACAAAAUUGUCGAAAUGGCUCCAAAUAUGUUUCUCUUUAAUCAGCAUAUUUCUGAGCUGAAAAUAUUCCACUUAAAUGACAAAGAAAACAUUUCAAACAUGCAAUUAAUUCAUCAUGUAGUUAAACAUGAAGCAAAGUUUGGACCAACAGACUUAAUACAACUCCCAAUCAUGAUAGAAUCGUCUAACCGAAAAAAGACAGGAUCAUUGCAGCAGAAUCCAAUCAAAUGCGUUCGAAAGGUUACUAUCUCAACAGAUGUUUUUGUUACUGCCAAUAUGUCAAUGGGAGGGAAAAAUCAAUCAAGCAUUUCAAAUUGGCUCAUUUCUUGGGCAUCGGGUAAGGAUAGUGAAACAAUAAUGAUUUCUGAGAAGGAAAAAGGUGCCCUCCCCUUAGGUGCAGUUGCAGCGUUAAUUGCAGAAGAUUACGCAGAUGCUGAUUGUGGAGAAAGUCGUUCUUGGCCAUUAGUGGACAUGAAGAUUGCGCCCAAGUGUUUCUUUCAAAAAGGCCACUACUUUUUUUACUUGCCUCUUCCAAUUGAAUGCAGCUUCCCUUUUCACAUCAAUGCCCAGUUCAGUGUAACAUCAGAUAGAAGACACUUUAGAAGUAUAUCUGAGGAUGAUAAAGAUUCAUCCUUUGGAAAAUGGAAUGACGCUAUUAUGUCAGAUAUGAUCGUAGAUGCCCUGCUACAACUUCUUAAAUGCAAUAGCUCAAAUGAUCCAUAUUUUCUGUGGCCUUUAAAAUCAAAUGGGUCAAUAGAACAUAAGUUCAUUGAAAGCUUUUAUAAAACAAUCAUCAAUAACGAAAACAAGUACUGCAUAUUUAGAGUUGCUGACAAGUUGACAUCUUUGAGUAACGUGCAGUUCUUACACGCAGAUGUUAGAAAAAAUGAAACCUUUGGAGAAGCAAUUUUUGAAAUGCUUGGUUAUCUUAUGGAUGGGAAGAUGUUAGUCGACAUUCCAGUUGAUAUUUAUGGACGGCUAUUAGAGGUGAAUGAAGAGGUCAUCAUGAGCAAAACUGUAACAGCCAAAGAGUUUGCAUUGAAAUAUUUUCUACCAAAAAUUAAUAAUAUUAAACAAGAGCACGAAAACUUAAGGGACAAAGUCAUGGUUUACAUCCUUACCAUGCCUGCUGACAAUGACAUCGAAAAAAUGAUAUCAUGCACUGCAUGCAUACCAACAGAUCCUGACAAUGUUUUGCGAGCACCUAAAGAUCUGAUAGAUCCAAACUCGGAUUUGUGCAAAAUGUUUUUGAAGAAUGACGGCUACUUUCCAUCAGCCCCCUUCACUGAAAAUGUCUUAAUAACAAGGUUAACGAAGUUGGGCAUGAUGUGCACAACCAUACGUGAUGAUUUGCUCAUCGAGAGAGCAAACACUGUUACAGGACUGUAUACAUCAUGCUGCUUUUGUGCUUCACAGAGAAGCCUUUAUGUUCUGAAUUACAUUCGGUCUCAUAUAAGUGCCAUAGAAAAUAAUUCUGCACUAAAAGAAACAUUACAAAAUUGCAGGUUUUGUGUAGUUCAAAACAAACCUCAUGGCUGGGAAUUUGAUUGGCAUGGAGGCAGCAUUGGCUAUGAUCAAAUUUUAUGUAAAGAACAUAAAGACAAAAUACAACCGGUUGUUCUGGCUUGUCCUGUUCAGAUGUUUACACAAGAAUCGAAAAAUCUUGUUGGCUGUCAUUUGUUAAUAGUUGAUGAGUCAUAUUCGUUAUUUACAAAAACAGCUGAAUAUUUAGGUAUUAAUCAGUUACAGAGCAAGAAUGAAACGCAUGUAAAACAUGUAUUGAAACAAUUGGAAAUGAUAGUCUGUUUAUCUGGAAAAAAAAUGACAUUCAAAAUGCAGAGAGUCAUAAAGGAUAUUUAUGACUUUAUUGAAAAAGCAUGUGUCCAUAAUGACCUCGUUCAGAAACUUGUUGUGGAAUAUUUUGUUAGUGAGAAUACCAUAUUGGCAGGCAAUGUGUUUGUUAAUCCCUUAAACAUUGUUAAGUCAUGUUACGAGAUUGAUUGCAAGCCAUUCAUAUACACUCUAGGAGAAACAUUUUUGUUGACAAAACCGUCUUUGUGUGACGUUUUACAAAUAAAGGCGACUUGUACAAUUGAUAAAAUUAUUUCAAUUCUUAAAAAUAUUCACCUUGAAAAAGAAGAAAGUAAUUUGACUGAAGAGGAAUUUCGUCAUUGCAAAAAUCUUGUGAACUGUAUUGCUCAAAUAAUAAUUAAAGAGAAAUACAUCCUUGAAGAUAUUUUGAAGGAUGUAGGCACAAUCUAUGUGCCGGACACAAACAGGAUCCUGCAACCAAGUCAUGAGCUUUGUUUUAAUGACUAUGAUUCCAUUCCAAAGAGUGAUAGCAUGAUUUAUGUCAAUGAUGAUUUUUCAAAAAACACCGCGAAGGCCAUUGGUGUGCGCAAGAAAAAAAUGAGACAUUAUCAAGAAAACUCGCUUGAUAUAGAAGGCUUUGAAGACUUUUACCAACACGAGCAAUUAAUAACACGUAUUCAUCGACUUUUAGACGGUUACCCCCUAGGAGUUGAACUUCUAAAGGAAUUAAUUCAAAAUGCAGACGAUGCCGGUGGCACUGAAGUGUGUUUUGUAUUGGAUUAUGAAUUCCAUUCUGACACAAACUUGCCUUCAAAGUCGAUGCGACCAUUACAAGGUCCAGCAUUAUGUGUUUUUAACAACAGUGCCUUCACGGAAGCAGAUUUGAAAGGUAUACAGCAUUUGGGCAUUGGAAGUAAAGGUGAUGAUCCAUUUCAAAUAGGCAGGUAUGGGGUUGGAUUUAAUGUUGUAUAUAACAUAACUGAUACACCAGCAUUUUUAACUAUUGGAGAAGAUUUGAACACCAUGUGCUUUUUUGACCCGAUUGCUGAAACAAUCCCCGGCAUCACUCAAAGCAAACCAGGUAAACGUCUGACAAAUCUGGAAAAAUUUCGGAAGCAUUACCCGGCUUUAUUUAGUGGUUUUCAUGAGUGCCAUUUCUUUGAAUCUGGCAAUGGCACAAUGUUUCGACUUCCGUUGAGAACAAAAAAAAGCUCAAUUAGCUCUAAUGUGAUCACAGUCGAGAUAGUCAAAGCCAUGCUAAAUGACUUCCGCCAGUACAUGACUAGAAUACUGUUGUUUUUAAAGAAUAUUAUACAAAUAUCGAUAGUUGAAUAUAAACACAGUGAUUACACAUGUCUUUCUAGUGUAAGAAAAACGUUUGACGAGGACAGCGCAGCCACUGUGCUAGAUUUUUCAGCAAAGUUUCGGGAUAUGUGUAAGAACUUCAAAGAAUCAAAAGGGUUGGUAACACAAUGUCCGCAGCAUGUAUCGUCUUUUAGAAUUACCGUGUUGCAUGAAGAAAAUGGCACUCCUGUUCCAAAACAGACAUACUCUAUUGUGCAGGCAUUGGGUUUUAGACAUUCACUUCCGACAUUGUUGAAAGAAGAAAUUCUUCGAGGUUCUAUUGCACUUUUUCCUGUUGGGGGCGUGGCAUAUAACGAAGAAAAAUAUAGCACCAUUAAUGACCAUGAUAAUGUGUUUUGUUUCUUGCCGCUUCCUUUGAAGUCUGGACUUCCAGUGUAUGUACAUGGCUAUUUCGCUCUUGAUCACGAAACGCGUCGCUCUUUAUGGGAUGCAUCAGAUGAAUCAAAAUGCGUCAAAACUCUUUGGAACAAAUGUUUGAUAGAAGAUGUAAUAAGUACAGCGUAUGUACAGCUCAUCGAUAUACUAAAGGAACGUUUCACAAGCACAUGUAUUGGUAAAGACACAAGUGAAUAUACAGUUGUACAUUGUGUUGAAAAGGUUGUAAAUAUUUAUCCCCUCAAAUCGAAAAUUCGUGGUCCCUAUUGGGAGUGGCUUGUUAAAGGAGUGUUCUCGAAAUUGGAAAGUGAAAAGCACGACUAUUUACCUUCAUACAGAAAAGAAGUAACACAAAACUUCCUGGGGUUGCAAAAGUCAUCUGUUUUGCGACUUACAUGGUUGUCUGUUCAACCCAACGAUCACACAUUUCCAACCUUGUUUAAAGACGAUUCAUGUUACAAAGACGAUGAUUACCAUUUGGACAAUAUACUUAUGGAUAUUGGAUUGAAAAUUGUGUGUUUAAAAAAAUGUGUUAGAGAAAGCUUGGAGAUUGCAGGUGUGCAGUGCAUUGACAUCCAACCUAGAAAGGUUAUUGACUUUUUGAUGUCGCCUCGUAACAAAAAUGCACCUGACUAUUGUAAAGUUGAAAAAGAGAUUGACGUUACAAAGUCUGUGUUACGUUCAAUAGACAGUGUCAUGAGACUCAUCAAAUACAUUGCGAUAGACAAACCAUAUUUUGAACUAAACGUUUCUAAAAUUCCUGUUGUUGUGUCAGGGGAUAACAUCAUACGUUGCCUUUACAGCAGUGGUAUCAUGUUUGUCACAGAAUAUUCAAAUUUAUUUCCAAACAAGCAGCAUUUAUUUCUUCACAAUGCAUUACUUAAUUGUUUUAUAUCGUUGUGCGAUAAGCAAGAACACCUUAAAUCAUUCACAUUGAAAGACUUCUCCAAAUUGGCCCGGUUUGCAGAAUUUGUUCCAAAAGCCCCUGGAAGAGUUAAGAUUAAGCCAGAGUUUGUUGAGUGGUUGAACAUAUUUUGGAAGUUCUUUCAAGAUUGUUUUGACAAAAGCAAUAAAAAAGAACGCGGCCAUAAUACAGAUAUAGAUGCUGUGUCUGUAUUAUCAAAAGCAUUAAGUGAAAUUGAAGAAUUUUUAAUAGUUCCUAUUUGUGAAACACUGUCCAAAGGAACACUUUUAUGUUCAUCUAAAGAAAUCCCAAAACUGUUAAAUGUAGAUUCUUUUCAGUGCCAGUGGCGCACUGCAUUUACAAGAUUAAAUAUUCCUCAAUUGGAUGUUAGUUUAAAAGCUUCAAGUUGGUUUUAUAGCCGUACCCAGGAUGCCUUUGAACUUUUAAAUACUCUUGUUCCUAAUGUAAAAGCACCGAACGCGGUUCUUAGAAGUCUAGAACUUAACGAAGAGCUGAUUAACAAUGCAGAUGUAUCAAAUGAUGAUGUCAGGGCGAUCUUAGAGUAUUUCAAUGAAUGUUUGAAAGAUGCAAAAAUACCUGAAAUUUCUGGGCUACGUCGAUUGAGAUUAUUCAUUUCGUCAGGAAAUGAACGAGUUGCAAUUAGUAAGUUUGAACGUGCUUACAUCAUACCAAGAGACAUGAAAGUUAAAGGGUUACAGACCAUAAUACUGAAGUCAAAUGUGCUUCUUAUCACAGCAGAUGAAAGAUUAAAAUUGUUAAUGAAUACACUUGGCUUAAAAGAAGAAUCAUUGCCAGAUGUGUACAUUCAGCAUAUCAUACCAAAGCAAAAGCAGAUGUCACGAGAAGACUUCUACCACCAUGUUUAUUUUUUAGCAGGAUACAUAUGUCACAAUCACCUCAAUCCUACAUGUCAAGAUAUUGUGGCGCAUUUGUCAAAUGCUGACUUUAUUGAAACAGCUAAGUGCUUUGUGACGGUAAGACAAUUGUUUGAUCAUGAGAACAAAAUAUUCAGAGAAAUGUGCAGCAUGGAAGAAUUUUUGCCAAAAGAAUUACAAGCUUACCAUGUGGGGCUACGAGAUUUAAUGUUGAAAUUAGGGUUACAGGAUAAACUUGACAUUCGUUUAUAUGAACGUUUUGCUCGAGAGAUUGAAGAAAUGGCAGACAGAGCUUUGGAUAAAACUGUGAAAGAAAAGUCCAUCAGUUUGCUUGAGAGUUUAGCAAAAGAAGAUGUUACUUUUUUCAAACAAAACAAUUGUGAUACUUUGACAAAUAUCAGGUUUGUGACACCCAAAAUUGUCGGUCAAAGAUUGCAGAAGCUACAUCCACAAUACCAAUCUAAUGGUCUUGUUUCAUUGUCGGAAUGUGUCACAGAUACAAAAAGUUAUAUUUGUUGGACUACAUGUAGUAUUUUUCCUCACAUAAAUAUACAUCCUAUUGCCUUUGAUCGUCUGAAGAUUCAAUCAAAACCAUUGCCGUCUAAAUGGAUCCAACAUUGUAGACAAAUUGGAAACCGUUUGCAAAAGAUUUUGUCGUAUAAUCCAUCGAAUAUUGAUUUAGAAAAGAUACAACAGGUUUUGGUGGCUAUUUACCAAUCAGUUCAUGAAUAUGGAACAUGUGCCAAAUCUUUGCAUGACACACCGAUGGUUCUUUUCCAUGAAUCAGGCUUACUUAUCCCUGCAAAAAAUAUAAUUACCGAAUGUUCACAAUAUGAUGAAAUACCACCUCUUUUAAUGAAGGCCCCAGUAUGUUUUGGGUCUCAUUUUAGUUCGUUUAUUGCACUUGGUGCAAGGGAAAAGCCUGAUUAUCAAGAUUAUGCUGACAUCUUAGAUAAUCUUCCGCAUGAAGAACAAUUAAAUCCAAUAGAAUUGCGUCAUGCAUCUCAAGCAGUUACAUUAUUAUUUUUUCAUAUGAAAAUGAGCAAGGAGAUUAAAUUGCAAACACUCCAUCUUCUGUGCACAGAUGAUACAAUACGUAGGGCAAACUGUUUGGUAGUCAAUGACAGAAUUCAGUACCUAAGUCGUUUGAUGAAGACCGACUACCUACUGUUAUUUGCAACUGUAGACCUCGGUGAUACAUACGACACAUUUUUCAGGCUUCCUAAACACAUCCGACCAUAUCUGUUGAGUGAAUUAGUAAUUGAAGAUAUUGAUUUAAGUAGGAUGCAAAUUCUUCCUGACAGUCGUAAAGCCUCUGCAAUUAAAGAAUAUCUCCAGAGCGGAAUGUUCAAAAAUAGCAUUGUUAGAAUAGCUCGAAGUCUUUGCCUAGCUAAUAAAACACACUGGGACUUGAACAAAGAAGUUAUCUUAUGUAAACUGAUGGACAGUAUGACAGUUAACGAAGUGAGGCAUAUGUUUACUGUUCUAAAAAUGUUUAAUCUUGAAAAUGGGCAAAAGUCAAACACAGCCACAUUUGUUGAUGGUACUAAGCAAAGUCGAUGCGUACAUGUUCAUGAAGAUGAAAACUCAGUUAUUUCAGUCAAUUUUUGCAGCGAUCGGAGUAUAUGGUUUGAUAUAUUCAGACGAGAAGUUGCAGAUAUUUUGCAGAAGCAUGUUGGAGGACAUUGUCAUUUAUUAAAUGCCAUUUUAAAUUUUGAGUUAGAUUCUGAUGAUCUCCUGACAAUCCUAACUGACCAUUGUAUUCCACUUUACAAUUCAAAACUCUGCAGACAUGUGGAUAAAUGUGAAGUGCCAGUUCCAGGUGACUUUGUGCAAAUGAAAUACCACAAAUUUUUGAGUAACGGGUAUGGUGUUAUUCCAGAACACGAUUAUGAAUUCAUAGCCUUGCUUGUGGAAGAUCCUGCUCUUCAGGAAAAUGAGGAUGAAAAUGAUACUUCUUCAACAUACAUUUAUGUCCAUGUUAAAAGAAGGAAUCCAGAAACUGUACAUGAACUACCGCUUUUUCAAGAAUAUGAAAUAGAUAGUGGAGAGGAAAACAGACGAAUGGUUAAAGCUUUUUUAUUGUACCGAUUUAUUCGUGAAGAAAGUGUUAAUGUAUCAAAUGAGAGAAGUGUAAAUGUUGAAAGUGUUAAUGUAUCAAAUGAGAGAAGUGUAGUUAUGUAUGAUCGCGUGACAAAUGAAUCCAACACAAUAGAAGCGGAACCUUCUCUAACUGAUGUAUGCAAGGAGGUAAGACAGAUAUUGUUAGAAUCUCUUAAACUGACGGAAUCUGAAAGAAAGCAUGUUAUUAAACGUUUGAUGUUUAAAUGGCAUCCAGAUAAAAAUCCUGAUUGUGUGCAGAUGGCAACCAAGGUGUUUCAGUAUAUUCGCCAGUGUAUACAUCUUAUAGAACAAGGAAGGAGUAUACCAGAGUUCCAUGAUGACAAUGUGGACGCGACUGACGCCCCAGAAAAAGGAUAUAGAGGUUCCGAUAGCCAUAACUGGUACGAUCGAUACUGGCGAAGACAAAGAGAAAACUACAGUGAUGAUGAUUGGUUUUUUAAUCAAAGAUCUUCAGGAACCUCUUCGGGAAGAAAAUCGUACGGGCCAUCGUCCAGCAGUUUUACGUCAUCCUCUUCUGGAUUUUCGUACCGACGUGAAGAAUCCCCUCCAUAUCCCUUCCCAGCAGAGGCCAAGCGAUGGCAGAAGCAGGCUCAAGCAGAUUUGGAGGAAGCACAGCGGACUUACGAUAACAGUGGCUAUCCUAACUGGAUUUGCUAUAAGGCACAUCAGGCUACAGAGAAGGCAUUGAAGGCAGCAUGGUACGCAAAAGAUAGAAAUAAAGUUGGAAACAUCAAAAACAGUCAUGAAUUAACAGCAAUUGCAAUAGGGUUAGAUGGUCAGCUGACGAGCCUCGCAGGGCAGAUCUCAGCUAUCACAGGCCACCACACCCGCAUGCGGUACCCUGACAUGGUGUAUGGUUCAAUCCCUGCUGAAGCUUAUUCACGGGAGGAAUCAUUGAAGGUCGUUGAGUUGGCACGACAAAUAAUUGAUCAUGUUCAAAGUCACUUUUUAACUUAAUUGCAAGGAUCAAUUAGUUAAACUUCCAUUAAAGGGACAAUAAAUCUUAAAUGAUGUAAUUGAUAAAAUAGUUUAUAUGCAAACAUUUAGAUGUAAAUAUUUGUGAAUAACUUGGUUUUAAAGAGUUUCAUGUAUUAUGUAUGAUUCGACUUUUGUGCGGAUUUUUUUUUUGAUGCGCACAGUUUGAAGUAAUAUGUGUGAUCCAUUUUUUUGUAAAUAGCAGUUUAUGAUUGAAUAUGAUUAAUUGUUGUUGUAAAUUGGUUUUAAUAUUUGUUAGCAUCAUACUUUUGGAAUAUUGUGUUUGGAAAUUGUUUUAUUCAUGUUGUUAUAUUUCCUUACGAUUGCAUAUGUAAAUAAUGUGUUUGGAUAUAUACAUGUACUAUGCUUUUUCCAGUGCUAUAGAGUUUCACUGUAAAAAUUUAUAUGUGAUAUUCUGUUGAUUACUUUUUUAAGGAUUUAUUAAGUAAAUACUAGAGUAAUUCAUUCUAGUAAUAAUAGUAUAGGAAUUCACGUGUGUAUAUAGACCUUUAAGCAGAUGAAUUUUAAUGAUUGCUAAAUGAUUUCUAUUUAGCAGAGACGUCUCUGUAUUUAGGAAUAUGAAUAAUGCUUUUGCUAUAUUUGUUUAUUUGUGUGUACAGAUUUUGAAUAUUGAUAUUUGUCUCUUGUGUAAAUUAGCGUGUAAAUUAUGAUAUUUGAAAGCCAUGCGCUUUAGGUGUGCACAUGUAAACUAUUGCGUUUCAUUAUUUCUUCAAAGUAUGUUAAAUGUUUCCAUGUAAACAUAAUGUUUUGUAUACAGGCAUUAAUAUAAAUAAGGCUAUUUUGUUCUUUAAGAUAAUGAUUUUGGAUAGUGAUACUGUAUUGAUAUAAAAUGAGUCAUAUAUGUAAAUAAUGUUUAGAUUGCUCCUGUAUAUGAUAAGUUGUUUCUGUUUUCAUCGUCAUAAAUUUAUUGAUUAUGUAAAUACAGAUUUUUGGCAAUAAAUCAUAAUGAUUGCAAUUUUAUAAUUAUUUGGGGAAAUUAAAAUGAAUAAUAAAUUUUCUAUAAUUAUAACAUUGUAAAUACAAAUAUGACUUAAUUGGUAUAGUCACAACAACAUCAAAUUCAUGUGUAAAUAAUUGGUUUGUACUAAACUUAAAUAUGCUAUAGAAUUGCACAUGUGUAUAUUUACAUUUCAUUAUUCAUUUGAAUUAUGCUUCAUAUUUGCACAUAAAUAAAAUACAAUGCAGAUUUUGUAGAUAUGAAUGUACAUAAUUAAGGCUAUUCGAUUACAUAUGUGUAUAAUGAUUGUUGAUAUUUAUAAUGAUAGAAACAAAGGACUUGUAAAUAAUGAGUAAUCUAUGCAAAUAACGUUAAGAGUUGAUCAUGUAAAUAUCGAGAUUUGCAUUUUAUGUGGAUAAAUUUAAAUGAUUGUCAUUGUAUGUAAUGAAAGUUAUUUGAAUAAUGUUAAACUGAAGAUGUAAAUAAUGAUUUUGACCAUUCUUAAUAAUGCUAUAGGAGUGAACAUUCAUAUAAUAUUUGACCAUGAUAUGACAAAUGUUAUACAAUUGGGCAUGUGAAUAAUGGUGUUGAUAUUAAUAUCAAUACUGCUGUACAAGACAUGCAUGUAUAUAGCUUCAGUGAUUCAUGUGAAUAUGACAGUAAAAUUCUACAUGUUAUGUUAUACUUUUGAGAUCCAUAUAAAUAACGGAUAAUACACACAGCAAUCAUUUAGGAGAUCCAUAUCAAAAGUGGAUAUAUUCAUUUGUAAUACUUUAAUUAAUAGUGUAAAUGUAUUUUGAAUGAAAAUUACACAUUUUUGAAAACAUGUGUCAUUGCAAAGUUUGGUAUUGCUUCUGUAAAUACUGAUUUUGGUUGACUAUAAUUGUGAUGUGUAAAAUGAGUGCUUGUUUUAAAUGAGUUGAAUUUUGUGUUGCAUUUUUGUUUAUAAUUAUAUGGGUCAAUUCAUAUGUUUGAACUAUGAACAUAUAUUUUCCUCCAUGUAUUAUAAUUUGUUUCCUAUUACUAGUACUGUAAUUAUCCUUCAAUAUCUGUUCAUUUGAUACCUUUGAUAAUGGUAUUCAGACAAUUUGAAACAGUGAAACUAAACUUUUAUUGUUACAUAAUAUGUUCUUUUAGUAUUGUGAUGUUAACACUGCAACUGUUGUAAAGUGUUGAUGUUCUUAUAAAUAUGUAUUGAAAAUGCUACUUAUUAUGAUACAUGUGAAGUUAAUACAACAGCAGUAGUAACGUAUUUAUUUCCUUACCAAUUUGUAUCCCUGUAUUCCUGGGACUGUGUAUAUCAUCACUCUGUGAUUGGCUUAGAGAGAUGACAUGCACAGCCCUAGGUAUAGCCCACAGUCCUUACAGCCCCCCUACCCACCCAACGGUCCCAACCUGUCAACAAAAACUGUACUUAUUUGACUGAUAUGCAUAGUUUUUCAAGCGUUUAUAUGAUUUAUUGAAAAAAAAUGGGUUUUUGAUCAAUUACCAGUAUGCAGUUGCAUGUUUGUUACGUGUCAUACAAAUUAGACAAACCUUUUAAAUGUUCAACCCAAAAUUGCGUCUAUAAGAUAUGACACCUUAUGUUGUUUCUUCAUGACGAUUAUUUUUCUGUUGUUGUAAUGUGUUUGUUACAUAAUUAUGUUUAAUUUUUAUUAUUUUCUGUUUUGCAACUUUCUUCUAUCUUGUUAUUUGUGAUAAAUAUGUACAUGUUUAAUUAUGAUAUUCCAAUACCAAAAGCAAAACCACAAUUAAUGCAAUUUAAAUACCAGAAAAAUGAAUCACAGUCAAAACUAGAGAGAGUGCUUGUCCGAAAUCGUUAAACUUGUAUAUUAAGGUAUGAAUGUAAAAAUUACUUUAUCAAGUAUGUAACCUGAAAGAUUCAGGUGACAUUUUAGUUUUACAUUUACUUAAUGUUUGUGUAUUUCUGGAUUCACUCAAGGGAGAGUCAUUUUGUUGUUAAUGGGACUGUGCAUACGGUAGUUGGUAUUCUGACAUGUCAUAAAUGCCAGAGAGUGCCAUUUACUUGUGAAUAAUACCACAUUGAUUACUUUUAAAUAACAAAUAUUGAUUUAUUGGCCUGAUUUUAUAUUUUAUUUAUAAGUUUAAGUAUUACUCCUUGGCAAUAUUUUUAUUUGUAUUGUUGUUUUAUGUUGUUUGUUUAGAUGUUUUAUGCCUGUUCUUUUUAAAUAUAUCUCGUGACUCAACUUCUUCCACUCUUUGUUGAUCCUUUUAAUGAUGAUAAGGCGGCAUAAGUUUACUAUAUUCGGAGAUUUUUGUCCAUCAUGUGCUGUGUGUAUAAUGUGUGCCUUUUGUAAUUGCCUUUUCUGAAGUAUACAGACUGUAUUAAAAAGCUUGUUUAGGGUUUGGUGCCUUGAUAUGCACUUUUCAUGAUUAAAAACCCGUUUUGCAUCAGAUGUUUUUUCAUGGUUUGUGUAUUAAUGUAAAAUAUUUUAUUACAAAUAUUUUAAGAAUAUGUGUUGAGUUUCAUAAUGAUGUCACACUUUAUUAGUAUAUGCAGUUGGGAGUUGGAAGUUACUUUAUUGUGGCUGGCAUAACUGGUACAAUAAGGCUGUUUGGAGAAAUUAUGUAUGCCUUAUCUUAAUGUUUGUUGCUCAUAAACACUUGCUUAAGUUGUUUUUGUUAGGGAUUACACUUAAUAAUUGAUGCACAUUCCUUAUUUUUUCUUCUUUUUAUAUAUGCUUAUAUAUCGUAAUUGAUUUUUAGUUUAAAUGCCAACCUAUUUACAGAUACAUGUUUCAAUUGGCAAAUAUAAUGUUAACAAAUCUACGACGUAUACAUUUCUUUCCUAAUCUAUGUUGACAUAAAAUGUUCCAUACCUUUAAACCAUUUAAUUACAUAGUUAGAUCAUUUGAUUGACGCGUAUACUCCAUCAUCUACAUGUAAGAAGUUGUUACACAUUUUGUGUUAUCAAUGUAAUGCAUAGUAUUAUUAAAAGUAUUAUGUACUUAUAGUUAUAUCAAUAACUUAACGUCCAUCGAUUCUAAUCAAUCUGAAUUCACGUGUUACCCUUGGGUUAAUUAUAGAAGCAAAAAAAGUAUAUAACUCUACAUAUAACUCUACCUAUAAUACUGUAAGCAAUUGAUUCUUGAUGUCAUAAUGUUUGUCUUUAUCGAAGAAUGUUGUUUAUUGGUGUAUUACCCAUGUUACGAUUUUUUUUGCAAGUUUGUAAGACAUAAUAUUUUGUUCGACACAGAUCACCCGAUUAAGGAGCAAACCUUAUACAUGUAACUAACAUGCAUUAUAUUAGAGAAAAUUAUAUUUGGUUCGCUUAUAUGCCAGGUCAUUUGUGUGUUUUCAUAUAUAAAUAAUUAUAUAUAUAUAUAUAUAUAUAUAUAUAUAUAUAUAUAUAUAUAUAUAUAUAUAUAUAUAUAUAUAUAUAUAAUAUGAAAAGAAAUACUGCAACGUUGUUCGUUGCAAGAUGGUCUAGUAUAGUUAGCACAUAAGGGAUGUUUUGUUUAGAAAUUUUAAGAAUACAUGCAUACACAUGACGUGAAUUUCCGUAUCUUUUUAUGUCCCCCAUCAAUAUAGUGGGGUACAUUGUUUUUGCCCUGUCUGUUGGUUGGUUGGUUUGUGUGUUUGUUUGCUCCAACUUAAACAUUUGCCAUAACUUUUGCAAUAUUGAAGAUAGCAACUUCAUAUUUGGCAUGCAUGUGUAUCUCAUGGAGCUGCACAUUUUGAGUGGUGAAAAGUCAAGGUCAUCCUUCAAGGUCAAAUAUAUGUGUCAAAAUCGCUCAUUUAAUGUACACUUUUGCAAUAUUGAAGAUAGCAACUUGAUAUUUGGCAUGCAUGUGUAUCUCAUGGAGCUGCACAUUGUGAGUGGUGAAAGGUCAAGGUCAUCCUUCAAGGUCAAAGGUCAAAUAUAUGGGGACAUAGUGUUUCACAAACACAUCGCUUGUUUCAAGAUAUAUAUGACGUGGUCUUGAGAUGAGGAUGUGAAAUAUAUGCAUGUAAUGUAUUUUAAUUACCUGUCAUUGUGCAACAGGAUUUGUUGUAUUUACAAUUACUGUAAAAGUAUUAUUCUUACCUAAGUCAUCUAUCCAUCUUUUUAAAUUACAGUCUCUAAUGUCUUAUAACAUAAACAAUACAUUUGUUUAUUUUUUAUCAUAGUAUUUUUUUAACAAUUGACGGUUUUAUUAUUAAUUGUUUUGGAACAAAUUAAUAAUUAAAAAGAUACCAAACACAACUCUACAAUUAUUAACAAUAUUUUAUUACUUUUGAAGUUGUUAUUGGAUUAAAUAAAAUAUUAUUUUUAUUAGUAUUACAGUACAAAACAAAUAAUAUAAUUAUCCCCCCCCCGUCCAAUACUUAUAUGGUUUACAUAACCCGGUUAUGUUUCGUUUCAAUUAUGUUACAUGUCAGUUAUGUUACAUAUCAGGUAUGUUGAUACAAUAUGGCUUUCUUUCUGUUAUACAUUUCGUAAUAAAUAUAUAUUUUGUUA